GCUCUCUGUUGAGAGUCUCAUCUCGUUUAUUGCAGGAAAGGAUGGAUGGGAACAAAGAUGAAGCCUUGAAGUGUCUGAACAUCACCAAGAAUUUAAUUCAAUCGGGCGACGAAGAUCGCGCCCUCAAAUUCCUCAACAAAGCCCGUAGGUUAGACCCAUCCAUUCAAAUUGACCAAUUCCUGUCCAAUCUCAACACUUCACCGGUGGAAGAUAAGAACCCUAAUGCACCCACCGAUGAGAAUCCCUCCGAUCCUUCUGAAAGCGGGCCCCGACGUAGGGUUCCGGUUGCCGCGCGAUCAACGUCGUCUUCAUCCGCCGCAUCGGCUACCUACAACGACGACCAGAUGACUGUUGUCAGAGAGAUUAAGAUGAAGAAAGAUUACUAUGAGAUUUUGGGGUUGGAGAAGAAUUGCACGGGUAAGGAUGUUCGGAAGGCAUAUAUGAAACUUUCUUUGAAGGUCCUUCCUGAUAAGAACACGGCUCCCAGCACGGAGGAGGCGUUCAAGAUGGUCUCAAAGGCGUUCCAGUGCUUGAGCAACAAGGAGAGCCGCAAGAAAUAUGACGUUGUGGGAUCGGAUGAGCCGGUUUACGAGAGGAGAGACAAAGGUGGUGGUAAUGGGAUGCGUGGGUUCAACGGGUUUUAUGAGACCGGCGUUGAUGCAGAGGAGAUUUUUAGGAACUUCUUCUUUGGGGGAAUGCAUCCUGCAACGACUGCCAAUUUUGGUGGAUUCACAUUUGGAAAUGCAGCAUCAUGCAAACUCGGCCCUCUCUACCCGCCUCCGGCCUGA